ACACACGUUUAACACUGGGACUUCCGUUUGCGUUAGCUUUUGGUGUGAACAUUAUAUUUUGAUAUAAAUACACUAGCCGUGGCAUGUUAGCAUCGUAAAGGCUGGCUAGAUAAUACUCUAGUGUAAACACAUCUCUUCAGCGGUCCUGUGUUACGUUAAAAGACGACGGGGAGGGGAAAAGCCUCAGGCAGCUAUCCAGCUAAUAACCUGAGACGGGGAUCCGUGUGAGGAAACUAUACCAGUGACUCGAAAGAAGAUGUAGCUUGGUCAAUAAAUAAGUGUUGGCCAGGAGUUGAAACUUCUGCACCUGAGGGCUGGACUUGUUUAUCUGUAAGAGUCAUCAGUCAUCUUUUUCUAAAUGGAGAAGAAGGAGAAGAGGCCCAGCUACUUUGCCAGGCUGAAGAAGAGGCGGCAACUGAAGCAAGGCCAUUCGGAAAGAGCUGUGGUUAAGGAGAGCCAAUCAGAUACAGACUUGAAGGGAUCAGUCAUCUGUGAGCCUGCCCCCACUACACAGCUCAAAGAGAAAAAUCGAGAAAGUGAAAAGCCCAGUAAAACUGAAAGAACACUCAGUAAAGAAUCAGCUGACAACUACGAAUCCAACGAACAGGCAAAGAAAGAGAAAAGAAAGCCUCCAGGGACUGUAGAAUACACUGUGGGCCCUAAGGACACCUUAAAUAGCAUUGCACUGCAAUUCAAUAUCACCCCAAAUAAACUAGUGCAGCUGAACCGUCUCUUCUCUCGCAGUGUGGUUCCAGGACAGAAACUCUUUGUCCCUGAUAUGGGGCAGUCCGAGAUGUCCAAGGUUUUCUCAGAUACCGUGAACAUGGCACGAUCAGAAAAAGACUUACUGGAUGACAAAUCAAGUUGCAUGCUGAGGCACCAGGAACUCUCUCCCCCUUCUGAGGACGAGAGCCCGGUCAAAUUCCUCAAGAUGAGCUGCAAGUACUUUACCGAUGGCAUGGGAGUUGUUGGCGGUGUGAUGAUUGUGACACCCAAUAACAUUAUGUUUGACCCGCAUAAGUCGGAUCCUUUAGUGAUCGAGCAUGGCUGUGAGGAGUAUGGACUCAUCUGCCCCAUGGAAGAGGUGCUGUCCAUGGCUCUGUAUGAUGACGUGUCCCGCAUGCAGCUCAAGGAUGCUCUGCCAUCUGACAUACCUCAGGAUCUGUGUCCAUUAUACAGGCCAGGUGAGUGGGUAGAACUUCCAUCUGAACAGGACCUGAACCCUUUCAGCCGCUAUGAGGCCCUCGGCAAACCUAACCAACCCAUCGUGUUAGAUGACGUUGAGACAGCGGCUGACUGCCCCCCCACUGACAAGUCACCAUCCGGUGAAGGCUUCACUGGGCUCGAGGUGUUGCAGAAUGAAUCAGGAACUGACCACGGAAGCACUGAAACUUCUCACAGCAGGCCAGAGACUGCCAAUGCUACCUGCCCGAGUCUGAAAGAGACAUCCUUACAAGAGCUGAGUGAUUCCAUGGAACCAAAAAGGAGAGUGCUGGUCCUCACAGAUCAGUCAGUAGAGGCAGUAAAGUCAUGUGAUGCAGACCAAGUGGAGGAUGUGGAUGAAGGCCUUCAUAAUCAUUCCACAGAUGAAAAUGUGCAGCUGGUCUUGGAUGGGGAAAAAACCAGCAAACUGGACACCGGAACAAAGCCUAGUGAAAAAGAGCAUGGGGUUACUGUAGUGGAUGAAAUGAAGAAUGCAGAGGACUUAAGUAAGGCAAAGAUUCUCAUUCAUGAUUCUUUGCAAGUGGAAGAAGUAGUAGCUGGGGACCAUAAAAGAAUUGUAAGCUCUGAUCAUGUGACUGGGGACUCUGGAAAAUGUAGUUUUUCUGGACCAAGCUAUGAAGAUGAUAAGGAGACAGUGAAGAUACUGAAUGCAGAUAAAGAACUGGGCAAGAAGCAGGAAGAGCUGCAAAACAAUGAAACUGAGAUGUCUUGGCUGAUGAAAAGGAUGCAGGGUCCAAUUGAAGAUAUGUUACUGUCUGCAGAACAGAAAAGCAAGAAACCACCCAUGUUCCUCUGCUUCAAAGUGGGGAAGCCCAUGAAGAAAUCUUUUGCUGCUGGUCGAACCUCUAGCCCAACUCGCAUGUAUGGGAGCAAAGGGAAACACCCAGAGUAUUGGUUUGCAGUGCCACAGGAAAGGGUGGACCAUCUCUACUCAUUCUUCAUCCAGUGGUCUCCUGAUGCCUAUGGGAAAGAUGCACAGGAGCAGGGCUUUGUAGUUGUAGAGAAGGAUGAACUGAACAUGAUUGAUAACUUCUUCAGUGACCCAGUGCCCAGAAAUUGGGAGAUCAUCACCAUGAAUGAAGCAAGGAGGAGGCAGAGUUUUAGCACUUUUGAGGAUGAGGACCCACUAGACCUAUUGUCUAUUCUGACGGACCCCAGCACAUUAUUUGAAGAUACACACGUUGAGAAGUUGGCUGCUCGGCUCCCAGCUCGGGUUCAGGGUUAUCCAUGGAGGCUGGCCUACAGUACAGUGGUGCAUGGAACCAGCUUAAAGACACUAUACAGGAACCUGGGGGAGCUGGACUGCCCCGUGCUGCUAGUCAUCAAAGACAUGAACGAUCAGGUUUUUGGAGUUUUCUCCACUCACCCUUUCAGAGUUAGUGAGCACUAUUAUGGCACUGGGGAGACUUUCCUCUACACUUUCAGCCCUGAAAUUAAGGUGUUCCGCUGGACUGGUGAAAACUCUUACUUUGUGAAAGGAAACUUGGACUCUCUCCAGAUUGGAGGUGGAGGGGGUCAUAUUGGCCUGUGGCUGGAUGCUGACCUGUAUCAUGGAACCACCUCCAAAUGCUCCACUUUUAACAACCAACCACUGUCAUCCCAACAAGACUUCACUGUCCAAAAUCUCGAGGUCUGGGCCUUUGAGUGACGUCCAUAAACGUAUAUUCAAAUACACACACACACACACACACACACCAUAAAAACAAAACUAAUAGCAAGUCAUACAAAAUGCUGGAGACAUGGUCUACUGCUGGUUAUUUCAAGAUGCACUGAAUCAAAAAAAAAAGUUUCAAGGGCACUAAUUUUGACAUGAGACCAAACUAUACAAGUUUACCAGGAUGCGUGUUGAGUUAAUUUAGAUUAGGAUGAAGGGUAAAGAGAGAAGCAGGCUUCUGUUUGUGCCUCACAUAGACUGCCUUAAUAUUACACAUGUAUCCCAGCAUGCAAUAGUAUAUACAAGCUCUGCAUAAAUAUAACCCUUAUAGGCUGUGACUGCAGAGCCUUAGCCAUAUUCAUCAUGCUACAGAACCUUGGAAUGAGCUGAAGUUUUAUAUUUGAAAUGUUCUCCAAACUUCUAUGGGUUUGUCAAACAGGGACUAUGAUGUUUACAAAAGGAAGAUGAGAUCAGUUUGGUAGUGAUUUAAGCAUUUUGGUGAAUCUUUGGUUUACUAAAAGCACGAAUAAUGGCAUGACAUUCGUGUGAAACACAUUCCAUUUGAUAAGAGAAUUUAUUGUCUUGACCAAAGCUUUUUAUUUAUGCCUUUCCAUGUGAAUUUGUUUUAUGUUGUGGUUUUUUUUUUAAUAUUUGAAAUAAUGUCUUUUUAAUUGAAAGUUGUGUAUUUCCUCUAUGUGAGGAUUAUGUUCACUUCAGUUUUGUGCAUUUAUAUGAUUUAUAUUAUAAGAACAUUGUUUGGUCAAUGCUAAGCUGGAAAAGGCACAUGAUGGAUGUAAUGUCAGUGUUUCAGGUUUGCCACUGAUACAAUUGUUGACCAUUUUUCAUUGUGAUAGUGUUACAGGUCUCCCACUAAUUCACACCAACAUUAUUCACAAUGCGGUCUAAUACUUACUUAUGAGUGCCAGUAAACACUUCAGUGAUGGAUAGUAAUGGUAGUAUACUAGUCAUACCAACAGGUCACUGCAUACUUUCAUUAAUGGUUUGGCAUUUCCAGUGUGAUUUAUUCCUCUCAACUGGUCUCUCAUACUCUACAGUUUGUUCAGAACAAAAGCUGUGAAUUAUGUAAAAAUUAAUGGAAUGAAGCACUAAGUGUAUGAAUUACUAACUCCCUGUUUAUUGUGCAAACUUGGGAAAAGGAAGCUAAGUGUGUUGUAAAGGUUGUCUCUUGGUUUUGACAGGUUGUAAAGGAAACAAAGUUUAAAACUGACACUGAAAGUAAUUGGAAAGCGUGAGGUCUUUAAUGGUUGGAUAAUGUUAAUACUACAGUCAGAAAUCCCUUUUCAUGUUUACCUAAACUAACACCAUAUACAUGUAUUGGUGUGCUUGGUCCACUUUUAAUUAAGCUUUGUUUCCUCGAUGUGAUUGGUCACUUCAGUUCAAUGCAGCAGUAUGUGCACUAAAUUCCUGCUAAUCUUUUAAACAGCUUGCCAUAUUUAAAUGUCAAAUGCAAAAGGGAAAUGAUGUCCAUGAAACAUUUCACUUUAAAUGUCCCAAAGUGUUUUUUCCUUAAAUCUAAAAUGUGUCCGGUUCUAGUUCACCCCUCCUAACUGCCAGUGUUAGUGUGUCCCACAAGCCUGUGCAUGUGUGCUCAUGUCCUGAGAUCUUCCGACAAGGUUGUUUAGGGCUGUAUGAUGCAGUGCUCGCUAUAACUGCCGUCAUUGUCAUCUUCCGUCUCCGCUGUGCAGUGACCGAAGUCAGUGAACGCAGUAUGGAGCUUUUUGCAGAGCUGUAGGUGUUCUUUCCUUCAAAGUUGGGAUUUGUUGUUCUUAUUUCUUACCACCAUGGUAAAUGUGCUUUUCUUCCAUAUUACAAGCAUUAUUCAUACAACAGUACUGGGUUCUGUACCAUCCGUAGUGAUAAGUAGUGGUUGUUUCUCUUAUGCCAGUUUCCAUUGACUGUUUGUUUGUUUGUUUGUUUGUUUGAGUGGCACAAGCCCCCCCGCCCGCCAUGUCUGUUACUUCCUGGGCAUUUUCUCCUUCAAAUACUUCACAUUCCCUAACAACUAGCUCUGAGCAACAGAGAUUGGGACUAACACAUUGCUAGCAAUAUAGAGCAGUUCUCCUCAAUGUGGCAUGCACUGUUGAUUGCUGGACCUGCAAAUUUACUUGAAUUCCAAGUAAUUUGCAGCUCUUUUUGGCCAGUUCCAGUUGUGGUCUCUGGCAGAGAGAACAGACAGUCCUCUGGGACAGGAUAUCAUGGCACACAUUUGACCUCACUAAUUAUAUCCUCCAGCAUUUAUUUUCUUAAUGCUGCUCUGUGGAAGAUUCAGUAACUAGGCUACAAAGUCCUACUUCUGGCCCCUAAAUGGCCAGGUUUCAUAAGUUGUCAUCACACCCUGACAGCUUCUUCCUCCCUGCAUAUCUGCUGUCUUAGACAGUUUAAAUGGUGUGGUACUUGCCACCUGGAAGUCCUGAUCUACCAUUGCAGCACACUGUAGUGCUGUGGAUCAGUCCCAUAGACUUAAUACUGCUGUUCUGAAGCAGGGAUAAUGCCACUGCCCUCCAUGGCACCUGGAGGGUAUGAGGACCCCCCCACCCCCAGAGUCCAUUAAAUUCCCUCAUUAUCAGCCUAUGUGUAAAGUUGCUUGAAAGAAGACCAUUUUCAGUGACUUCAACUAAUAAGUUAUGCACUUUUAACAUAAGUUCACCUUGUACGUGUUGAUGACAGGAUGAUUUGAGUUUGACCUUUCAGCUGAAUCCAGGGUUUCUGCCCCUGCUCACGUUGUAAAGCAGUUUAUAUAAACAAGCCUUGUAGUCGAUAGAGGGUAAGCUUACAGAACAUUCUUUGUUGGGCGUGGUACAAGGUCAUCUUGACCAGAUUAUACUGUUGGCACUAAAGGUCAGCCCACUGCGUAGUGUAGGUCAUUGUAGGCUACAGACAGGCUGAACCACCAGCUGACACUGUGACGAUCAACUCUGCCAAGAGUUCCUGGAGUUUCUACUCGUGCGCCUUAUGUGGAGGUUCCAUUCCAUAGUCUAUGCUCCUGCUACCAUGCAUAAGGUUAAACCUAUUCUAUCCCUCUUGCUGAUGUCUCCUCAACCCAUGGGCAUAGUUCUCUGACCACCUUUUCAGGGUUAUCUUAAGGUGAGGCCUGUUCCUCUUGACAUGGAUGGUACAUUGAUCAGAUGCUUCAAUUCCAAUAAAGUGUGUGUGUGUGUGUGUGUGUGUGUGUGUGUGUGUGUGUGUGUGUGUAUUAUAAAAUGUGUAUGUGUUGUUCAGUUCUGCCCUAGAUAACCACCAGAGUUCCUGGUCAACCAUUAAGGCAAGAAGGUUGUAGGGAAUAAUUGUAUGAUGGAAGUAUUUUAUAGCAAACACUACGUUAUUGGUCACUGCAUGGCCUUGCUGGAAUAUCUUUGCAUGCCUGUGCAGUGCCCAGUGUGGUAUCCAGGUGUUCCACACUACCUCUGGCUGUUAUCAGGGGUUCAUAGAGCAGUAGCAUAACUAGUUAUUGUAUGUUAUCAUUGAAUGUUCUAUUUAUUGUUGCUAUGCUGAAUUGAAUUAAAAAUAAAUAUAUAUAUAUAUAUA